AUGACUGCGGCACAGCAUAGGACCGCUUUUGCCAGCGAUAUCACCUUGGAGCGUGCCUCGCGAGCUUCUUUGGAGACAUACACGACUGCACCUUCUGACACUUUGAUCACGUCCACCACAGAAAUGGCACUGGGCCGGGAUGCCAUGGGAGCUCCUGAUGCGCCACCAGAAAUCCGUCCCUCUCAACAGCAAACCCCCAUAUCGACCUCAAGAAUCACUCCAAUGCCUGACCCGCACGUGUUCGGCAUCGUCGAUAAGUCGACAAACAGUUCACCUGGCUGGUCACGGAGCGAAGCCAUCAAAUCGCCGCGCUAUGACGAUGGGAGGGUCAGGGUUGAUGGUCAGGAGGAGCGUAGUAUUGACAAACAGGAGAGAAGCAGUAUCUAUUCUGCCGAAUCGUCAUACUACGAGUACCAUGGUCCGAGGUCCUUUCUGUCGAUAUGUUCAAAGCCGGGCAUCCAAUGGGUCACGGAUCGAUGCGGAUGCUCGGGAUUCCAGGAAUCUGCGAUUACCUUCACACGGGAAAUAAUGCGACCGCUCAAGAUGGAAAAGAGGAUGUCUCCCGUUCGUGCCCCCGAGCCGAGCGCAAAUGACGCCUGCGUGUAUGCGAGAUGUUUCUUCGAAGCAGCGCCGGCAGCCAGAUUCGGGGUUGUGCAGCAGUCGUGGUUUGAGUCGAGACUGCGUGCCCAUCUUAAUGGCCUCGAUACCAGCGAAGAUCCUGCCUGGUACGCAUUGAGGAAUAUCAUCUACGCCACGGGAUCACGCUUGCACCUUGCCAAAACUGCAACAUUCCAGGAGGCAUCUCAAACAUCGUGGGAAUUUUUCGAAAAUGCACUAUCCAUGCAUACGGAGAUCUUAUACUUUCGAAGCUCUCUCAUCGGCGUGCAGGCUCUUUCGCUCAUGGCUUAUUUUGUGGACGAGCUGGGCAGCCCAGCGCUGGAGUACAUGCUAUGCUCCAACGCUCUACGGCUAGCUUGCUCGAAGGGCCUACAUCGGCAGGCCGUGGCUUCUUGGGGGUUGACAGAUCAAGAAGCAUGCCAUCGAGACUGGAUAUUCUGGGCCAUAUAUUGCCUGGAAAAGAGUAUCGCCUCACGUUCAGGUCGGCCGUCUAUCACGGAUGACAACGAUAUCAGUUGCCCGAUCCCAGUCUGUGGGCCCAUUGGAAGCUCCGUGGACGUGGUGUAUUGUAACAUGCUCAUUCGCCUCUCUCAGCUAUCGUCACUGGUGAAUAAGCAGCUGUCCAGCGUUCAAGCUUUCCAACUGAAGCCUGGCGAGACGAUCAAAACUGUUGUUGCCUUGGAUCAACAGCUCAGAGCACUCAAAGACUCGAUGGCAUACGUUUUUCGUGUCGCUGCCCCAAUCAAUCCAGCUACAUUGCCGUCGAGUAUCAAGCUGAACCAGGCGCUCCACUUACAAUUCAUGUACUACAACCUGCUGUCCGAAAUUCACAAUGCUUUGACGUACCCCUGGUCUCAAACGAUGCUCAGGCCACAAGACAACUUCGAGGAUCGAAAGCAAGUCGAGGCCUCGCGCUCCAUUGUGGCCGAAGCUGCUCGUGCGCUAAUCCUAGCAACUAAAUGGGUCCAUCUGGAUGCCAAUUGUCCGAUACUGCUCGCUUUCUCAGCUCCUAUCCAGGCCGUCAUCGACCUCUUUAUUCAUAUCUUACAAGCUCCCGAGAGCCCGACUGUCCAAUCUGAUCUCUCAUUACUGGACAUCGGAGCAGGCCAUUUUGCCCGAGUGGAAUUUGCUACAAAUUCCGAAAUAUCCACGUCAUUUGUCAAGCAACUUGCCUCGUUUGCCCGUGUGGCCGUCAAGCAUGCAAAAGGUGCGGUCCAAAAUAGUGGUGGCCCAAGUGCUACUCGGGGCUCUGUAGGCGUUGAGAAUAUCUCAAAGGAGAUCGACAUGAUGUGCAAUCAGAAUCACCUACAACAUGGUGACAUGACUCAAGAGGCUCCUGAUUUCGAGCUCUCUGAUUUCCAGCCAGAAAGUCUUAGCAUGCUACUUCCGGGCCUUGACCUAGAUACGGAGACGAACGAUUUCUUUAAUUGGGAGCUAUAA